AUGAAGAUCCUCGCAUUGAUGUUGGCAUUGAUAUGUGCGGUCCAAUGUGGUCCAGCUAAAACAAAGAAACAAGUACGCGAACGAGAAGCGGAUAGUUAUGAGUACGCUUACGCAGCUCCAGAAUCAGUGUUAUUAGAUUCUCAUCUCUUACAAGUAGAUUCAGUGGCUGUGCCCAGUGGUACCCACUUAUCAGAACACCGUCCAUCUCGACCAGGUUAUAGCGUGGGUGGUCCUUUGGCAAGUAUCGCUCAAGGUGCAGCUGAACAGGCUCACACGCAAUUAGGAAAUCAACAUUCAGCGGCUGGACAGGCAGCUUUCGUGGCUAAGAACACGUUGGCUCAGGCAGCGGCACAGUCAGCUGCAACAGCAGCAGCAGCUUUAGCAGGCAAACAGAUCAUCGUGAUGGGUCUCGAACAACAAUCGAGAGAUGCUCACGUUGCCGUCGAUGGUGAAAAACUUCAACUACAACAAGCCCAACGUGCUGCUACGGCUGCACAAAAUACUGCUCAACAAGCGAUGCAUCAGGUCCAAGUAAUUACUGCAGCUUUGAACGCUGCUCAAGCUACUGCCGAUCACGCUAGUCAGGCUGCAGCCGAAGCUCAAGCUGAAUUAGCUGCUCAAACUACUAUGGUUGGUCAGGCCAAGGCUCGUGCAGAAACAAUCGAGGAACAACUCAAUGCAGCUCGUGUCGAUUUCGAAGCAACCCAAGCAGCCGCUCAAAAAGCUGCAAACGCUGCAUCAGCCGCCCAAUCGAAUGCCGCUGCUGCAGCAGCUCACGCCGCAAAUGCUGCUGCUGCUAACGUUGCAGCUGCCUCAGCUAACAGUCAUUCCAGCGGUGCUCAUGGUAGUCUUGUUGCUCACUUAGGCGAACCCCUUACGAACGCUGUACCCGUUGAUGCAUAUGAUUACAAAUCUGCGGUUUAUCAUUAUUGAUGAUUAUUUUCAAUUUUAGUUCUUCGACCUAUACUUUUCCUCGUGUCCCGUACUCGAACUUUCAACUUUCUUUUUAUUUUUUAUUUCUUACGUCUUCUCAUUAUAUGUAAAGGUCGAGCAUCGUCACGAGUUGACUUCAUCGAGUUUUCAUGCUAUCGUUAGAGUUUAUCUAUUUAAAAUUUAUAUUGGGAACAAUAUCGAUUUAAAUACAUUUUUAAUGCGAUCGAUCGAAACUUAAAACGAUAGAACGUUAUCGCAGCA